AUGGAGGUAGUAGUGCCCAUUGGCAUGCUGGUCCUGUGGCUCCUGUUAGUGCAGCACACCAGAAGCUGUGGCUAUGAGCUGUGCCCAGCCACCCAGCCCUCCAUGAUCAACGUACACCUGCUGCCCCAUACCCAUGUUGACGUCGGCUGGCUCCAGACGAUGGAUGAAUAUUACUUUGAAGAUCAGAGUGAUGAUCCUCAUAAGUGUGUGCAGCACAUCCUGGACUCAGUGGUAUCUGCCCUGCUGGCCAACCCAUCCCGAUGCUUCAUCUUUGCUGAGAUGGCCUUCUUUGUCCGAUGGUGGCAACAGCAGCCAGCCCCAAGGAGGCAGGCUGUGCAGCAGCUGGUCAGCCAGGGGAGGCUCCAGUUUGUCAACGGAGGCUGGGUCAUGAAUGACGAGGCCACCACAUACUAUGCAGCCAUCAUUGACCAGAUGUCCUUGGGGAGGCACUUCCUGAGCGACACCUUUGGGGACUGUGGCCGUCCUCGAGUCGCCUGGCACAUUGACCCCUUUGGCCACUCACGGGAGCAGGCAUCCCUCUUUGCUCAGAUGGGCUUUGAUGGUUAUUUCUUGGGCCGCCUGGAUUAUCAAGACAAGCAGAGGCGUGAGAAAGAGCUGGAGAUGGAGCUGGUCUGGAGGGCAAGUGCCAACUUACGGCCUCCUCAAGCCGACCUCUUCACCAGCAUCCUUCCCAAUGUCUAUCUCCCACCAGAGGGGCUGUGCUGGGAUCCUCUCUGCUCUGUCAGAGAAGAGAACCUUGUGGCGGACAAUCGGGCCAGUCCAGAUCCCAGGACCGACGAAGUAAUCAACCACUUUCUGGAAGUAGCCGUUGUCCAGGCUCAGCGUUAUGGCUCCAACCACACAGUGAUGACUAUGGGCAGUGAUUUCUUCUACAGCAAUGCCAGCCGAUGGUUUGAUAAUUUGGACAAGCUGAUCCAACUUGUUAAUGCAAAGCAAAGCGAAGGGAGCCUCAUCAAUGUCCUCUACUCUACCCCGGCCUGUUACCUGUGGGAGCUGAACAAGGCCAACCUCACCUGGACUGUGAAGCAGGACGACUUCUUCCCUUAUGCAGAUGGCCCCCACCAGUUCUGGACUGGCUACUUCACCAGCCGCCCUGCCCUCAAGCGUUAUGAGCGCCUGAGCCAUAAAUUUCUGCAGGUGUGUAACCAGCUGGAGGCACUGGCUGGACCAGCAGCAUCACAGGGUCCCUAUGGACGAGCAAGAAGUAUCUACCUGCGGAAGGCAAUGGCUGUGGCCCAGCACCAUGAUGCAGUCAGUGGUACCUCUAAGCAACGUGUGGCCAAUGACUAUGUGAAGAAGUUGGCGGAGGGCUGGGAGCAGUGUGAGGUGCUGGUGAGCAAUGCUUUGGCAAAUCUGGGAGGCUCCCGAGAGGAUUUUGUGUUCUGUAACGACCUGAAUAUCAGCAUAUGCCCCCUGAGCCAGGGGAGCUCCAGUUUCCUAGUCAUCCUCUACAACCCCCUGGGAUGGACAGUGAACUGGAUGGUGAGACUGCCAGUCAGCAAUUGGGGCUUCUGGGUGAGGGAUGCCAACCAGCAGACUGUGCCUAGUGAGGUUGUUGCUGGGUCAGGUGAAGGAAUGAAGAACUCUCCUCCUGAGCUCCUCUUCCCAGCCUCAGCCCCUCCCCUUGGCUUCAGCAUCUAUUCUGUGGCCAGGCUGCCUAGCAGGGUGCCCACUCCUGCAACCCCUACCCCUGCUACUCUGGUCAUCCAAAACGAGCACAUUCGAGCCACGUUUGACCCAGACACUGGGCUCCUGCAAGAGAUUGAGAACCUGGACCUGGGCCUGAGGCUACCACUCACCCAGGCCUUCUACUGGUAUCGAGCCAGCAUCGGGGACCGCAGAAGCUCACAGGUUUCUGGUGCCUACAUCUUCAGAACCCAAAGCUCAGUGCCAUUUCCUGUGGGACACAGGGUCCAGACUCAUCUAGUGCAGAUGGCCCUGGUGCAGGAAUUGCAUCAGAAUUUCUCGGCCUGGUGCUCCCAGGUUGUGCGGCUAUACCCUGGGCAGAAACACUUGGAGCUGGAGUGGACAGUGGGGCCUGUGCCUAUUGAGGAUGACUGGGGGAAAGAGGUCAUCAGCCUCUUUGACUCCCAGUUAGAGACUGGUGGGCGUUUCUACACUGACAGCAAUGGACGGGAGAUCCUGGAAAGGAGGCGAGACCACAGGCCCACUUGGGACCUGAAACAGACUGAGCCUGUGGCUGGGAACUACUAUCCUGUCAAUAGCCGCAUCUAUAUCACGGAUGGGCAGAUCCAGUUGACAGUGUUGACAGACAGGUCCCAAGGGGGCAGCAGCCUGAGGGAUGGUUCCCUGGAGUUGAUGGUUCACCGGCGACUACUCUUGGAUGAUAACCGAGGGGUGGGGGAGGCCCUGCUGGAGCCUGGGGAUGGGCCUGGCAUAGGACUGGUGGUGCGGGGCAGACACCUGGUGCUGCUGGACACAGUGGAGACAGCAGCUGCUGGACACCGCCUCCAGGCCCAGAGGGAAGCUCUGGCCCCACAACUGGUGCUGGCCCCUGCGGGGCAGGGCACCCCAUACAACCUGGGGACUCCUCCACUCACACAGUUCUCUGGACUUCGAAGAGAGCUCCCCCAAUCUGUGCACCUGCUGACCCUGGCCCGCUGGGGGCCCAACACAAUCCUGCUGCGCCUGGAGCACAUUUUUGAGCAUGGGGAGGGCAGCUUGUUCAACUUGUCCCAGCCAGUGACAAUCGACCUACAGGAUCUGUUCUCAGCCUUCACCAUCAACCACCUGGAGGAGACCACUCUGUCAGCUGAUCAGCUGCUCCCCAAGGCCACCCGGCUGCAGUGGAGGACCAGCACAGGAGGAGGCCCUGUUCCUCUGCAGCCAGCCCCCUCCCUGGACCUGUCGGCUGUCACUCUGCAGCCCAUGGAAAUCCGCACCUUCCUGGCCUCUGUCACCUGGAACAGAUGA